GCUACAGCAUAGGAGCAAUCUCAGAGACCCUCAUGGCUUUGCUGCAGUGCAUCUCCUUCUCGAGGUCUCUCCUUGAUGACUGAGAGAAUUCAGGUUUACGUACAUGGGCGCAAGGAAGAGCAUCUUCAGAGUUUUCUCCUUUCCCAGUGCAUAUUUUGCUAGAAAACAGAUGUCCCUGUUGAGAAGCCUGUUUGAUCCCCAGAACUAACAGCGAGUGAGUGGGUUGAUGCAGAGGGAGCAGCUCAAACAUCCAAAGGGGCUGGCUAGGAGCAAGAUGUGAGCCCUGCAGGGCAAGAGAACAGAAACCACAAGAUACCUGCAAGAAGAAGCAGCUACCUGGAAAAGCAGCAGGAGCAGCAGCAGAAUUUGAAGGUUGCCGUAGCAAUGAACAACUGCCUUCCAGCAAGCUACCUUAGCAGCAGCAAUGAACAAGCAGUUAACCACCUUAGAUCUGGCAGAUAACGGCUGCAGAAUCCGCAACCUCCUGGGACAACAUUGACACCAGCUUUCCCGUGACAGAAGUAUCCCUUUCUAUAGAGGAAUCCAAGGGAUUGUGAAGAGAGUCUGUCAAGAAGAAGCCAAAUUAUGCUAACAUACAUGAGGCAGUGAAAGCCAGUGAUGUAGAACAACUCGCAUCAAUGGUAAAAAGCGGAGCCAGUAUUAAUGAGGUGGAUUUAGUCCAUAAAUUUACACCUUUGCACUGUGCAGCACACUCUGGAAGCCUGGAGUGUCUUCACUGGCUGCUCUGGCAUGGGGCUGAUAUAACAGCUUUAGCUAUAAGAGACUGGACAGUAGCUCACCUUGCUGCUAUCAGAGGUCAUGAUGCUUGUAUGCAGGCGCUUGUAAUGAAUGGAGUAAACUUAACAGCUCAAGAUGACCGAGGAUGCACUCCGUCACACCUAGCUGCAGCCCAUGGACAAUCCUACACUUUACAAACCAUACUGCGGAGUGGAAUGGAUGCAAAUGUUUCAGAUAAGAAUGACUGGAAGCCAGUUCAUUAUGCUGCUUUUCAUGGCCGUUUGGGUUGUUUGCAGCUUCUUAUUAGAUGGGGAGCUACUAUAAAUGACGUGGAUAACAAUGGAAAUCUUCCAGCUCAUCUGGCAGCAAUGGAGGGCCACCUGCAUUGUUUUAAGUUCUUGGUUAGUAAAAUGGCCAGUGUGUCUCAUACCUUGAAAGCCAGGAAUGACCAUGGGGAGACCCCAAAGGACUUGGCACAGAGGUUCUAUAAGGAUAAUAUUGUGCAGUACAUCGACAGCGUGGAACAUGAAAGAGAUCAUCCAGAAGAACAGGAAAAUUUAGCAUUUCCAGCCCAUGUGGCUGCUUUCAAAGGGGACUUGGUGACACUUAGAAGAUUAGUGGAAAGUGGAAUCAUCAAUAUUAAUGAACGGGAUGAAAAGGGAUCCACUCUCAUGCACAAAGCUGCUGGACAAGGCCACACAAGCUGCUUGCAAUGGUUGAUUGAAAUGGGAGCUGAUUGUGACAUUACAAAUGAAGCUGGAGAGACUCCAAAGGAUGUAGCCAAGAGAUUCGCCCAGCUGGCAGCUGUGGAGCUUUUGAGACGGGCAAUGGGAGACGACUCUGAUGAAGAAUUAGAUGACAACGAUGUAAGGUUUUUUGACAGACAUGGCGUGGAAGGGAGCACAGACACCACGGAAGAUUUAAUUCCAGAUGAAGCAAAAAAAAGAGACGCCCGCAUAAGAGCCUACCAAAAGAUUGAAGAACUUCGGCAACUUCUAGAAAUUGCCUACAGCAACUACAAACAGCUGGGAGGAAUAACUGUAGAGGAGAGGAAGAAGAAGAAAGAAGAAAGGGAGGCUGAAAAGAUGAUUCGAGAACUGGAGGCCCAGCUAGAAUACGAACGUGUCCGUCGAGAGAAACUGGAGCGUCAGCUGGAUGAAUACCGAGCAGAGACAAGCCACCUCAAAGAGUGUCUGGAGAAACUGCAGCUCACACCCACCAUCUCUGGGGUGAGUGUCUGCCCUCAGGAAGGUGAGGCUGCCUCUGAUUUAGGAAAAGAGAAAAAGAAAAUGAAGAAAAAGCCACCAGGCAGCCCCGGCGGAGUGUUUGUGAGACGAUACUGAGGCGUGAAUGGAGCAUUGCUGUUUUGCAUCCAUCUUGUCAGACUGAGCGUUAGAGAAGGGUGUUCACACAGGAAAUGCAAUGCUCUCUAACAGUGACAGGACAAGGCCAUAUCAGACAAUACUGCCAUGAGCUAAACUCAUGACAAACAAGGGUUACCUUUUAUUCCUGUCUGAAAGGUCUCUCUCUAAGUCAGAUUCUGAUAUUUCACUAGAGGUAGUGGAAAUGUUAUGUAAUAGCACUGGUAGAAGGCAAGCAAGCCUCAAGAUACUACAGAAGUGUGCAUAUAAUAUAUUUGCAGCUUAAUGUUGUACACCACGUAUGGUUUCUGAUCCUUGUAGUUUUAACUAGCUAUGUACCUGGUUCUUUGCUUAAAGAUAAAUCUUAGUGUGGAGAGAGACUCCGUUUUCUGAAAUGGUGAAUUUUUUUUUCCUUUCUGUACUAGCACAUGGUAGUGACUGGUUAGCAAAUCAUAUAGGGUAAAGUUUUCAAAAGCAUUUAAGUUCAAUUUUUAGAAGUGAGCUAGGCUCCUAAGUCCCCUUGACUUUCAAUGAAAAUUAGGUGCUUACGUGCCUAAAUCACUUUUGAAAAUUUUACCCAUAUUUUCAUCAUAUACUCAGAAAAUAGAAACUUAAGUACUUUUGCAGAGAGUUGCUCUAACUGAACCUCCAGACCAAGUAUUCUUGUUUAUCCGAACUCUUCCAUGUCUUUCACUAAGACAUGGACAAUGACAUCUUUCAUAUGUCACUUAUAUGAAAAUAAUUCAAAUGACAGAAGGAAAAGAGAUGGGGCAACCUAAGGACAAUAUACACACCCUACAAAUACCUGCUUGUGUAAAUAAUCAGGCUGUGCCAACUCCUCACAUGGUCAUCACUUAACAGCAAACUCCCUUACGCUGAUUUCACUGCAUGAGGAAUAAGGUUUCAGUUAAAGGGGAACAAAGGAGUUGACAGUUUUACUAGCCAGACCACUCAGAACCAAAUUACAGCUGUGUAAAAAACACUGAUACCAACAAGACUAGAGCAGUCAGAGGAAGGAGAAUUUCGCCCUUAGUUGUGAUUGUGCUGCAUUUGCAAUACUUUAUAAUCUUAAGUGUCACAUAAAGUAGCUAUACUUCUGAAUAAAUUAAAACAGUCAUAGAA